AUGGCUAUCUACUCCAGGGAUAAAGCCCUGAUGUGCAAGAUCUUUCCAUCAAGUUUGGGUCCGGUGGCGAUGAGAUGGUUUAACGGUUUAAAGGCCAACUCUAUUGAGUCCUUUAAAAAGCUUACCCGGGCUUUUGACGCUCGAUUUAUCACUUGCAGUAGGGUUCCUCGGCCUUUGGGAUCCUUACUGUCUAUGUCCAUGCGAGAGGGCGAGACUCUCAAAACUUAUUCAGAUAGGUACUGGAAAAUGUUUAAUGAAAUAAAGAGAGAGUAUGAUGAUGUGGCCAUAAGUACUUUCAAGGCCGGUCUUCCAGCUGAUCAUGAUUUAAGAAAAUCUUUAACUGAUAAACCUGUUACCAAUGUACACCAAUUGAUGGAUAGAAUUGACAAGUACAGAAGAGUAGAAGAAGACCAACUUCAGGGAAGAGGAAAGGCUAAAGUAAUCCCUUAA